AUGUCUUGCUCUUGCAGAGACUUGCGACAUCUUGCGACGCUAGAAACUCACAUUUGCGAGCUGUUUCUGAAGCUCUGGUUCCAGCUUGUGUUGAUUCCACGUUCGACUUGGAAUUGCGGCAAUGGGCUCAUGGCCACCAUCCAGAACACGGUGAAUGCCCACCCAAGGACAUGGGCGCACUGUGGCUGGAACUCGCAUGCCAACAGAUGCCACCGGCCUUACUCGAAGCACAUCUUGCUGAAGGUGGCUGUCGCUUCUCUCCCUUCGCUCCUCAGAUUGCGAACGGGUCAAAGGCACUGUAGGGGCAGAAGUGUGAGAACUCGCGCAAUCCAUGGUCUGCGAAUGCGACUUCCUCCCGGAGCCACAGUUUACUUGACAGGCGUGGCGCAAGAGCUUGAAGGAGAACCAUGUGAAGUUCUGAGCUUCGACAGAUCUGGGAGGUGGCUGGUUCGCUUUUUGCAUCCGCGCUUUCGCGAGCGUACAGCUCUUGUCCCUGAGCAGUGCUUGCUGUUCGGGUACUGCAUCCAGCCUGAGCACGCCACGAGUCCAGCAUCAAAGCUGUCGACUGCCGCUUUCGUGCUGGUGGAUACGCCUCGAGCAGGAAGGGGCUUGGAGGUCGUGGAGGCCAUGGCGGCUGGCAGCUCGUUGUUCAAGGAGAUGCCGUUCCUUGUGACAGCGAAUGACGUCAAUGAAGUUUGCAGAGCUCAUCUCAAGAUGCGUGCUGCAGCGGGAAAGGAUGCUUCCCAAGGUAAGGCGCUCGAAGCCUUCGCAACUCUUACUGCUGGCGGCUUCGAUGCGGAGGCCUUGGCGAGAGUGCAGGCUCAGGCCAGCGAAGUUUGGGAGGCUAUGAACUUUGGACGGUCAGAACGGCCGGAUGCCGCGGAGAUUCGGAAUCUGACAGCGGUUCUGCUACGUUGGGAGGCCAACCGUUUUCUACAAAGGCAGUCCAGCAUGGACACCUCGAGUCAAGCGAGGGCCGAGCCUGACCUCUACGCAGUUUUCUCUCUCGUCAGCCUCUUGAACCACUCAUGUGCUCCGACUGUUCGGCUGCGCCAAGUCUUUGAGCCUUUGCAGCCAGGAUCACAAGUGCCCGACGACGGAGCUUGCGUGGUACAGGCUGUUCGGGACCUCCGGCCAGGAGAUGCAUUAGUGCUGAAUUACGGGAUGCCAGAGUUGCUCCAGUGGCCUGUGGAGCAACGGCGUGAGUAUUUGCUUCGAAACAAUGGCUUCUGCUGCCAGUGCCCGCGCUGUCGAUCAGAAGCCGGAGAAGACAUUGGCAGCGGAGAGUCAUCCAAAACAAGCGUCACAGUGACUUUAGUGGUUGCAACUGUUGUGCCUUCGGCAAGGUCUCAUCGAAAUGGGCUCGCGAGCAGCUUCAGAGCUCUUAAUGCUAUGAGGAACCCAUCCAGGUCCAGUACUGCCAUAGUAAAUGCGAGACUGUGCUAG